AUCCAAAAUUUAGACCCCUGAAGUUGGGUCUACACAUCAUGAUCGCCCGGGGUCCAUUGCCAUGAAGUGAUUAAUGUUUGAGGUGUUCAUUAAUACAUUUUUACGAAUAAAUGACAGGCCCCGAGACGAAUAGGGGUAGUUGGGGCAUUUGAAAAAUGCUAAUGGGUUGUUAUGAAAUUUUGAUGGGGUUGGGGUGUUUAGGGGAAGCAAAUGGCGAAAAUCACAUAAGAUGAUAACAUGCAGGUGGGGUGGCGUGGUGUGUGUGAUAUAAUAAGGUGGGGUGUCAGAGCUGGCGGCGGCUCAGAUGUAGUGGUGGAGAAGAGAGGCUGGGCGGUCCAUAUGCUCAUCACCAUCAAUCUCAUAUACAUUUCCAUCCCUAUUCACAAAAUGAAAAUGGUGGUGAAGGUGAAGGUCAAGGUCAAGGCGAUGGGAUGGUGAUGGUGAAGAUGAAGUGGGGAGGAGAGGAUGGGCCUAGGGGUGGGAGCCAUUUGACAGAGAAAAGAAUCCCCCGUCUUCUCCAUGUCCCAAUCCCCUCGCCCUUUUGCGCUUAGCCUCAACUCCAUAACCUCCUUCUCAUGUACAUAGUACCCCCCCCCCCCCCCCCCACAAGAUUCAGAGAGAGAGAUAGAAAGAGAGGCUUACAUAAAUGGAGAUUUCAUUCUACUUCGGAUUUGGGUUCUUGAUGUUGUUUUGAGCUGCUCGUUUCUUUGUUUGGUUUGAUUAGGGUUUUUCUUUGUGGUUGAUGGCUGCUUGCGUUGUGGUGGGGAGUAAUGGUGGGAGGCUGGGCAGCGGAGGGUCGAGCAGCAGCGGAGGAAGCCAUUCUGGCAGCGACGGGGCAGCCCCACUGCCCAGAGAAGUGGUGACUGCCCACUACGGUGGUGGAGAGGAGGAAGCUCGGAUAACAAUGGAAGGGAGAAUGAUAGGUAGUAGCAAUAGUAGGAAAAGAGGGGCUUCUGAGAUGGAUGAUGGGCAGCAACUGCACAUGAGCUCAGGGCUUGUACAGCACCCGAGGGUUUUCCGGCGUGCCGCUGAUAAUGACCUCGAUAUGGCCGCACAGCUUCACACUUACAGUAGUGGUAACAACAGGUGCUCCAUUCUCCUUCACGAGACUCAAGGGGCCGCUCCUCCUCCUCCACCAUCUUUCUUUUCCGACACCACCGCCACUACCUACUACAACCACUUACAGCAGCAGCCUGCGACAAUCACAAUGCCGGCUGUGCAACAACAACCACCGCCUCUGACGCUGUGUGGGUUUUCUGGCCUACCUCUCUUCACGUCCUCCUCCACCGAGAAAGGGAGAAGCAGCUUCGAUGCCACCGCCGCACUUCCCCAACAACAACAACAAGCUUCAUCGUCCUCCUCCGUGGUAGCCAUGGAUGAGGCGGAAACAUGGAUAGACGGCAUAAUAAAGGACCUCGUCCACACCUCCCCAGUCCCCAUACCCCAACUCAUCCAAAAUGUCCGAGAGGUCAUCUUCCCUUGCAACCCCCAACUAGCUGCUUUGCUCGAAUUUCGGCUCCGCUCCCUCCCUGAAUCCUCCCCAGCUGAUAAGCAGCAGCUGCCCUUGGGGUCUGGCCUCAAGCUCCGAAUAGAACAGCAGCCAGGGACAGGGAGCAUCGAGAGCUUUCCGACUGCACUUCCAUGGUUAUCUUCUUCAACAUCGUCAUCUAAAGAGCAUCAGGGCAUGGCCGAGACCAUGAUGAUGAACCAGCAGUAUGUGAACUGGGCCUUGGACGAGAGGCCUCCAUUGCCACCCACGCCCCCACUUCUUUCACUGAACCAGUCAAGCAGUAAUAAUACCUCUCCACCAAAAAAGUCAGCCGCUCAGACGGAAGAGGAGAGCCAUCACCAACAAAAACUGAGGGAGAGGGAGCGCAGGAAGCAGCAGGAGCAGCAGGCCAAGAGGGACUCUGAGGGCCUCCAUCUGUUGACGUUGCUCCUCCAGUGCGCAGAGGCUGUCUCCGCAGAGAGGCUCGAUGAGGCAAGUGCCAUGCUCGCCGAGAUCGCGGAGCUCUCGACGCCCUUUGGCUCAUCGGCCCAGCGUGUUGCCGCCUACUUUUCCGAGGCCAUGUCUGCACGCCUCGUGAGUGCCUGCCUCGGAGUCUAUUCGCCUCUGCCUGCUUGUGUCCAGAACCAGAAGAUUGUGUCGGCCUUCCAGGUCUUCAACGGGAUAAGCCCCUUUGUGAAGUUCUCCCACUUCACGGCGAACCAGAUGAUACAGGAGGCGUUUGAGAGGGAGGAGAGGGUGCACAUCAUCGAUCUGGACAUUAUGCAGGGCUUGCAGUGGCCUGGUCUCUUUCACAUACUGGCAUCCAGGCCAGGCGGUCCUCCGAGGGUGAGGGUGACGGGGUUGGGGUCCUCGGAGGAGGCGCUCGAAGCCACUGGCAGGAGACUGGCCGAGUUCGCCGAGACGCUCGGUCUGCCCUUCGAGUGGUGCGGCUUGGCUGAGAAAGCCGGGAAUGUGGGAGUUGAGAGGCUCGGCAUCAGGAAGAGGGAGGCCGUGGCUGUCCACUGCCUCCACCACUCCCUCUACGACGUCACCGCCUCAGAUGCCAACACCCUCGCCCUAAUUCAAAGGCUUUCUCCCAAGGUGGUGACCAUGGUGGAGCAGGACCUAAGCCAUGGGGACUCAUUCUUGGCCAGAUUCGUGGAGGCCAUUCACUACUACUCUGCCCUAUUCGACUCGCUGGGUGCGAGCCAAGCGGAGGACAGCCAUGAGAGGCAUGUGGUGGAGCAGCAGCUGCUGUCCAGGGAGAUCAAGAACCUACUGGCGGUGGGGGGCCCAUCCCGUUCUGGGGAGAUAAAGUUUGAGAAUUGGAGGGAGAAGCUGCGGCAGUGUGGCUUCAAAGCCAUGUCCUUGGCCGGCAAUGCUGCAACGCAGGCUACCCUCCUCUUGGGCAUGUUCCCCAGUGAUGGUUACACGCUGGUGGAGGACAAGGGAACCCUCAAGCUCGGCUGGAAGGACCUCUGCCUCCUCACCGCCUCUGCAUGGCGGCCACCAUCACCCAUCAAUCACUAGCCAACCUGCUUGGUGCUUCUCGACUCCACCACUACAUUGAGCAUUUCUUUGCUCCGUGUACUGCUACAACUACUACACGAACUUUCUCUCUCUAUCCCCGGCCCUCUGAUGGAACGUGAAAGUGAGAAGGGGGCUUGGGGAUGGGUGGUCUGUUCUCAUUGUUAGGAUCUACUCUCUUUGUUUUAGUGUGUGUAUAGGAGCAGCAUGAAUGGUUUAUGUUGGAAUAGCAUUUGCAUUUUUAGCUA